GAGAGACGGAGAAAGAAAGAGAGAGGAAAACAGAGAGAGAGACGGAGAGAGAGAAACAGAGAGAGAGGACGGAGAAGAGACGGAAAAAGAGAGAUAGAGAGAGAGAGAGAGAAGAGAGAAAGAACGGAGAAAAAGAGAGAUAGGAGAGAGAGAGAGAGAGAGAGGAGGGGAGAGAGAGAGAGGGAAGAGAGAGAGAGAGAGAGAGAGAAGAGGAGAGGAGAAAGAGAGAGAGAGAGAGAGAGAGAGAGCAGAGAGAGAGAGAGAGAGAGAGAGAGAGAGAGAGAGAGAGAGAGAGAGAGAGGGGAAUUUCCUUUCCUGAAUGAAAGAUUUCUUGAAGAAUUAUUGAAGAACAGAAGACAGUUAUAA